AUAUGCUUGCGAAAUUUCAAUCACCCUUCAGCAGUCAGGAGAUUUUCAAAUCGAAAGAUGCAAAGGGAAGAGGGUCUAGUUGUGAGAGGCAAUGUCGAGAUUGACAUGCGCCAGCCUUUCCGGUCAGUUAAGGAAGCUGUUUCCUUAUUCGGAGAAAGAGUUUUAGCUGGGGAGAUCUAUGGCAACAAACUCAAGGAGAUGCAAAUCAAAGCUACAACUCAUCAAGGCGGGGAUCACCAAUCCAAAGUACGCGAAGUAGCGGGUGAGCUACAAGAUUCAAAAGAAAGCCUCGAAAAAGCUAAAGAAGAAGACAAAUUGAUGACAUACCUUCUGAAAUCUCUGAAACAAGAACUUGAACAAACAAAGCAAGAGCUGGAACAAAUGAAGUGCUCAAGAGAAUUCCAUAAACAGCUGAACGAAGAUCCUGAAGACGAAGAGCUUAAGUUCAUAGAAACCAUUGCAUGCAGUACCCCUCAAGUUGAAUUCUCAAAAACAGAACAGGAAGGUCUGUCAUUACAGAGGAACCAUAAUAAUAGGUCAGUAAAGUGUCCAGGGACUCCUUUGCUAACCAAGUUAACUGCAGCUGAUCAAGGAGGCCUAGUAACAUCAUCUCCAGGGCCUAAUUGUCCCAAAAAGAAGCCGAAAAUGAAGCCUAUUGGUGCGCUAAUAAGUGCCAUGUUUUCAAAAAAGAAAGCUCAUCAACAAGUUCAAGUGCAGCCUCCCAAGGUCUUUAAGUGAGCAUGCAUGCAAUACAAGUUUGCUCUGUACAACAUUGAGCAAUGCGGAGAUGCCAUAUCAAAUUUCCUGCUGAAGAAAAAAAAUAAACAAAUCGUGCUCUCUAAGCUAGUUCUCUGUGUUUCUGAAAGAGCCCAUGAUUUCAUUGUGUAGAAAUUGUACAACUUUUUUUCUCGGAGAUAAUUGAUAUCCAUACCAUUUUUUUUG